GAGGCGAGGCGGGGUCGCGGAGAUGUGAGCUGAGGCCCCGGCCAGGGUCGCGGGAACGAGCGCCCGGCGGAACUGCUGCUGCCAGGGUCGCCCGGGCCACCCAUCCGCUCCUCGCCGAGCCGUCAGGCGCCGAAAACUACAACUCCCGGCAUGCCGUGAGCCCGACGGCCGCAGAGCUGAGGCGGGGUCGGGUACGUCAGCCGGCCGGCCGGCUCUCCGCGCCGGCCCCGGUCACUGCGGCCGGCGCCGCGCGCGGAGUGGGGACGCGUGCCAUGGAGGAGACGCCGCCCCCACUGCAAGCCGGCAGCAAGCCGCACCUGGAGAAGCUGACCCUGGGCAUCACUCGCAUCCUAGAAUCUUCCCCAGGUGUGACAGAAGUAAGCAUAAUAGAAAAGCUACCUGCUGAACGUCAUAUGAUUUCUUCAUGGGAACAAAAAAACAACUGUGUGAUGCCUGAAGAUGUGAGAAACUUCUAUUUGAUGACCAAUGGUUUUCAUAUGACAUGGAGUGUGAAGCUGGAUGAACACAUCAUUCCACUGGGAAGCAUGGUGAUUAAUGGUAUUUCAAAACUGACUCAGCUUAUCCAGUCUUCUAUGUAUUCACUUCCUAAUGCACCAACUCUGGCAGACCUAGAGGACGAUGAAGAAGCCAGUGAAGACCAGCCAGAGAAGCCUCACUUUGACUGUCGCAGUGUGAUAUUUGAACUGGAUUCGUGCAACGGUAAUGGGAAGGUUUGCCUCGUCUACAAACAUGGGAAACCUGGAUUAGCUCAUGACACUGAGAUCUGGUUCCUGGACAGAGCAUUAUACUGGCAUUUUCUCACAGAUUCCUUUACUGCCUAUUACCGCCUGCUCAUCACCCACCUGGGCCUGCCCCAGUGGCAAUAUGCCUUUACCAGCUAUGGCAUUAGCCCACAGGCCAAGCAAUGGUUCAGUAUGUACAAACCCAUCACCUAUAACAACACAAGCCUGCUCACAGAAGAGACCGACUCCUUUGUGAAUAAGCUGGACCCCAGCAAAGUGUUCAAGAGCAAGAACAAGAUCUUAAUCCCCAAAAAGAAAGGGCCUGUGCAGCCUGCCAGUGGCCAGAAAGGACCCGGGCCCUUAGCUCCUCCUUCUGCUAAACCUUCCUCUGGCUCUGGAAACCCUGUCCGAAAAUAAACAUCCCAUCAGCUUCACAGCAGUGAUAUCAACGCACAGAUGCCCUAUGAUGGCCCUAUCUGCAGGCAGUUUGUGACUGCAGGCAUUCUCCUGGGGACCAAAGCCUUAGCCAGGAGUUGGGAAGACCACAUAAAUUCGCCCCAGGACUCCUCCACAGGUUGUGCCAACCUCAUCUCCAAAACCAGCUAAGACUUUCAGGUGUGUCUAGAGAUACUUUUUUUUGUUUUGUUUUUACGUUUAUACCCAAUCCUUAAUGUCUUAGCAGUAAUUAGGUCCUCCCAAAUAAACCCAUGGCUCAACUCAUUAUCAUCAUCAGUAACAACUAGUCAUGUGACCAUCUCAGUUAUGAAAAUUUUAUACCCUCAGUUUCAUUAGCCACAUUUCAAUUAUGCACGUGAUAGUAGAUUCCAUAUGGGAUAACACAGAGACAGGGAGCAUUUCUGUCAUAGAAAGGUUGCACAUGAACAUUUUCAUACUGUCAGUGUAUAAUGUUAAUACCUUAGCUUUAUAGGCUAUAUGUUUUGAGAAGACACUUUCACAGACACAGUCUUGUGUUUUUUAUGAUCCUUACCACAAACACAUCUCACUUAAGUCAUUUCUUUUUUUAAUUUACUAUAAAAACCCAUGUUCCUGAUCAUUUUCCUGUUUCCAGCUUUGUAUGGAUAUUUCUACGUUUGCCAAAACCAACUUUUUAAGAGAGUGACUCGUGCUGUAUUUUAUCUUUUAAAGCCAGUCUGUUCACAAGAACUUUUAGCUGUUCUGCUUAUUCACAGUUGGGAGCUGUCUCUCCCAUCUACCUCUGUUCUAAGCAGUGCCCUGCCUGGAACAGUGUGGGUGCCAGGAGGCCUUUGUAAGCAUGUCCUGUAAUUCAGAAGAAACAUGGUGGUAUUAGACACUGAGCCAUCCUACAGGUUUAUCUUCUGUUAAAUAUUAGGCAUAUAGCAAAAUUUUCUCUGAUUUUCAGUUAAGAAUAUCUGAUUCCUUCCUCUGCAGUCCUAGCAGUGGGUAACCUCAAUGUUCUUUUUUUGGGGGGGGGGGCGGUUUCGAGACAGGGUUUCUCUGUGGCUUUGGAGCCUGUCCUGGAACUAGCUCUUGUAGACCAGGCUGGUCUCGAACUCACAGAGAUCUGCCUGCCUCUGCCUCCCGAGUGCUGGGAUUAAAGGCAUGCGCCACCACCGCCCGGCUAACCUCAAUGUUCUUAAUGGCUACAAUUUUUGUACUGAUAUUCCAGAGGUAGAAAAAUAAAGAGUUCUGAGGAAGGGGAGACUGCAUACACCCUUUCUCUUUGGCUAGCAUACGCUUUCUUGAUAUUUUCUACCAGUGGUUGUCCAUCCAGGCUUUGUAUGCUGCCUCUUCCUACUAGUGACACUAGGCUUCUCUUUUCUGUUGUGUGAUGGGAGCUACAGGUCCCUGUCUCUCUCUAUCUGCCUGCACUCCUCUGACAUCACUUUGAAUAUUUAUGAACAUUUCAAAUUCUUGUUUGGGGAGCUGGAAAGAUGGUUUAGCAGUUAAGGCAUGCACUGAUAAUGCAGAGAACCCAAAUUCAUCUUUUGCACCCACAUGAAGUAGCUUACAGCCACCUGUAACUCCAACUCCAGGGGACCCAAAGUACCCUCUGGCCUCCACAGGAACCUAUGCACACACAAAGAAUAAAAAGACUUGAAAAACUUA